AUGGUCAUAUACUCCACCACUGGAGAGGUAAUAAUAACCUAUUCGGAUCUGCUCUUUCAAAAUGUGGCAUGCGGUGAUUCUUAUUAUUUUUGGGUCUACGAUAGCGCUAAUCGUACCUUCAUAGCAGUAUAUCAAGCUCAUACCGCUAUGGUAAAAACUGGGGAAUUUCUGAGCGAGGUACCAGUUUUUAUGACGAACGCGACCAAUCAGCUCCAAACAGAACUAGCUGACGUUUUCAUAUUCAUGGAUUAUGCACGUCGCGUUGGCGAUAUGCUGGGCUAUACACACAUUCUUCCGCUCGCUUUGGUCUGUUUCUCGAUUUUUGGGCUCGCAAUAAUAGCAAGUUGGACAUUUUUGUUCUAUAACAAAAGAUAUCAUUACAAUGCUAUAUGUGUAAGAGGAGUAAUGUUUACCGCUGCUACAAGCGUUGGAUAUCUUGCUAUGGUGGUCGGAUCAUUAAUUUGCAUUAUGGCUGCUGCCUGUUUUCUCCUUGCUUUUGUUGCCAUGUCUCUGUGUGCUGGUUUGUUCAUGGACAGUGAUCUACGACUAUUUCAAGCCCUUUCAAACAUUGAGUUCAUCAUUCCUGUUGGUUCACAGAAAGUGCGACACACAUAUUAUGAUAUCUUCUAUAAGUGUAAAAAUGGUUACACAUUUUUCGAAUCUUUGAAUGGCGCUCUUAUUAUGGCUGAGGAUGAAUUUAGGGAGGCGAGUUUUACAAAUUUUCUUGAAUAG